GCCAAGACGAGAUGUCAAGAUGGCGGCGGAUGAUCGUUCUGUUGUCUUGAGGAUAAAACGUAAAAGAACAGAAGAUCCUCUGGAUGCACUGCUUGUCGCUCAGGUUUUCAAGAAACCCUAUAUUGCAAAGAACGAAGACUUUGAAAAAGAUGCUCCUGAUUUCAAGAGUGAUGAAUCAACAGCUACUGAUACAGUUGAGCGAGUUUUCAAGUUUGUUGGAAGUAUACCACAAGGAGAUGAAACUAAAAGAAAAGAUUUUCUGACUAAGAUUAAACAAUCUAUUAACCAUGAAAACUUGGCUAAAUCCCAUAUUCAAACACAAGAAGCUUUGCAAGACAGGUUGCGGAAACAGAAAAAGCUUCUGAAUCAGGAGGCCAGGUUUAAAGUCAUUUCCUCAAACAGGGAAAAUGAAAAUGAAUCAACCAGGUGCUUAUUACCCAGGAAGAAAACCUCAGGCCUCUGUGAUGGAUUGAAAAAUAUUCAUAUAGUUAACAACCAGACAGCCUAGAAUCUGAAGGAUUUUGUUGGCAUGGGAUCCUGGCAGGAACAAUUUUGGCAUCAGGCGUAAUGUUCUAUACUUUAAUAAGAAUAUACAAAGUUGAUAAAAGUCGAAGGCCUGAUUAAGCCGUAUUAAGAUUAGGAUUAAGCCAUAUUUCCAAGCUAAUUAUAAGUUUUUUGCUUCCAAACAUAAAAUCAAAGAACGUUGAUGCUGGAAUGUUCAUUUAAUUUGUCGGUAUAGACCCUAACUGUUACUACAACUGCAUGCCACCAGACAUUCUCCAAGUAGGGACAAGUAAGGAGCUUUGUGUCAUCCUUUGAUGUUCAUCACCUCAAUGUCAAAAUGUUCGCAAAUGGAAUGCAGCAUGGAAACACUAAGCUCUCACAGGUAACCUUCCUUGUGGGUGUCACAUAAGUUGAAAGUGUCAAAAACAAUUGGGUGCCUUAGUCCCACCUCUAAAACAACUGCGCGAACAUUUUCAUUCGCGAUUUACUCUUCAGCAGCCAUAAUAUCGUCGUCUUGAUCAGAUUCUGGAUCGUCCGAAUGAUAUUGCCGGAGUUUAGAGGCUCAUCUUGAAACGUAUGACUGCAAUUGCUGUUCGGUCAAAAAUUCACUUACAGUGAACAGUUUUUCCCCUUCUUGGUUUCGUGUGUAAUGCAUGUCACGUGCAACAUCCACUGGAUAAAGUUUCACUCCUGUUGCUUGCUCAACUUUAAAUUUCACAUCUAAGUACUGUUGCUGGGAAUCACUAAACCUCGUUGCCUUUUUAGUGGAUGUUAAAGCCCACCCUUGUGGAAGAACCUCAGUUGUUACCAGGCAUUGACUUGACUCAGCCUUCACAGAUGUGAAAAGAGACGAGAAGAACGAAAAGCAAGGAAGGCACAGCAAGCUGCUGAUGUUAAUGCAAUACUUUGCAACUCUGUCAAGAUGAUUCGGGAAAAGUUGACAGUAACUGAUGAUUUAUUAAAGGAAAGAGCAGAACAGAAUAAACCAGAGGCAGAUGGAUAUGUCUAUGAUUUUUAUUAUGCUAAUGAUCAUCUUGGACAGCUUGGUGAUAUAAUUGAAGUUUUGCCUUUCGACUCAGACCUUGUUCAUGAGAGUCUUGAUGAGGAAUUUGGAGAAAUAUAUGACGAUGAAGAUGAUUCUAAUGAUGAAGGAAACUGGCGAAAUGAUUACCCUGACGAAGAUGAGCAGUGGUCAGAUUCUUCCCAAGACAGAAAAUAUUACGAAGAUUACGGGUUUAAUUCUGAUGAAGAUUAUCGAAGGUAUGCUUUCGACGACGAUCGCUCGGACGAAGAGGACAGUUAAACUUAGUGUACUUCACAUAAGCAGAUCAGCAACGCCGUUAUAUCGAACAGAAAUACCGUGUGCGACAUGCUGAGGUUUCCCUCCUUACGGAAAACCAAGGAAACCAUCCGCAUCCUAGUAUGAGUGCUGUAGAAACUGUUCGUGGAUGAAGUGCUAAGAUGUAAAAAUAUUGAGAAAAAAUUAUCCAAAGAGGGGAUACAUAUGUUUUCCCGUCUUAGUUAGGUGUAGAAUUACUAUGGACAAGAAAAGAACAAUAGACUCCAGGUGAAACUCAGCCGAUACGGAAAUAUGAACUAAGUUAACAGAGACAGUUGUUCGGUUGCGUCCUAGCUUAUUUACCCAAGAGCUAGCUUUUGUCUCAAUACCAAUUGUAUGAAAAGCACAAUGUAAAUGCAAUGAUAUAUUCGCAACCAAAGUUA